AGCUGUUUCCGUCAACACCGGAAGUCUCCGAUGUAACAUGGAUAAGUGUGGAAAAAGGUUAAUUUGAAAUAUUGUAAAUCGAACCUGAACGACGAUGUGAGAUUUUACAAAAAAAUGUAGGAGAUAAAUGUUGCUUUAACUGUUGUGCAAUUUCAAAUUUUCUCAACAUGAGGGAGAGAAGCAUUGCUUUUAGGAUAUUUCUGUUACAUGUUAUCAGGCUUGGGUUUUGUCAGGUGAACAUGACAACAACAAUACCAACAAUGUCUUUAUCAGACGUGACGUCAUCAUCUCCAGCAGAUUCCUCUACGUCUACCUAUUCUUCACAGACCCCUGACGGUAAUUCAACGCAGGGCUAUAACUCGACUUCUUCCAUGGGACUUCCUUAUACAGUGAAUGUAACUACUCUAGAAGCAAAUGAUAUGACGUCAUCAACAGUUGCAACGACGCAGACUACGAACUUGUCGACAUCGCUACCAACAGGAGAAAUGAGUGUUGGAGCCUCAGAGUCUUUAACUUCAGGGAAAACAGUGGUUACAACACACACAUCUAACACUCUGAUGACGUCAACAUCGGCGUCACCAACAGACGCUGGCAGUGUAAAACCCACACAGACGGAGGUAGUCAGAGUUAGAACACCACUAUUCACUGUUCUAAUGACAAAAUUAUCAACAACAGAUGUUUUUCUCUCCACUGAUCUCAUGACGUCAGAGAAAAGUAUCGUAAUGAUGACCUCACAAAAAAUGAUGAAACACUCUACAAUAAAAAGGGCAACAAUUCUGCCCUCCUCUGAUUCUUAUACCACUAUGAAAGCGAUUGAUGACGUCAUCGCUCCACAUCAAAACGCUACUGCUACAAUCAUCGUAUCCAUAGUGGCUGUUGUUUUCUUCGUCGCUGUUUUAGCAAUUGCUCUGAUCUGCGUGUGUAGAAGACGAAACAAGAAAAACAAAUCCAGGACAUUAAUGGCUAACCAACCCCCGACCUUCCACGCCUCUCACCGGGCACUGGAUUUUGAAAAUUUGAACGACGCCUCGUCUCCCGGGGAAUUCCUGAUGGACAAGGCCAUCAUUGACCUAGAAUCUUCUCCCAACACGGACAAUAACGCCAUGCAGGCUUUAGCUCUAUUGGAUAACGCCACAGAAGAGUUCGGGUCAAAAGAAAUAAUCACUUUUAAGACUGGUUCACACGAAGAACUUGGCGAAAAAAAUGGGAAUGUUCCGAAUAAGUCAGAGCACGCCUCUGACUCAGACUCAGAGGAGGGGAAUUCCGAGCCCGAUGAAAAAGAUGAAAAAGAUGAAAAAGAUAGAGCAGACGAGAAGGAAAACAAGGAAAGUUCGGAUACUAAAAUUGAAGACAGCGUCCUAAAUAAAGAAAAUACUAAUGGAGAAAAAAUGGAGAAAGAAUUAGUCGUGGGUACGGAGACAAAACUUGAGGAGAGCGAACCGACAACGAUGGAAUCGAACUCCGAGCCAAAGGAUAUGGAAAUCAGCGGUAAAGAGGAAAGUGAUAACAAACCAAUACCUGGUUCUGAAAAUAAAACUGAUGGCAUUACGCCAGUGUCUGAACUUUGACCUUUUUAUUGCCCAUUUUUUGAACUAUGCACAAAGCAUAGUUAUUGUUGUCGUGUCGGUGUACAAAUCGCGUAGCAAGCGAGAUUUGUGAUGGAUAUCAUAUAAAGUUUUGUUUGUUAUAAUAAAAACAGUUUACACGCUGAACUUCCCGACAAAAUCUUGGUUUACCUCAAGUGUGUAAUCCGGUGACAGGGUCGCACGAAUCGGAACAAUACAGCAAGGAGUGAAUGUUUGUAAUGCAUAAAAAUGGAGAUUUACAUCAGCUUAAUUUAUUUUUGUUCAUAAACAUUGAUUUUUUUUUUUUUUACAAGUUUUAAGGCUUAUGUUUUUUUUAUCAAUUCUUAUCUUGUUGCUUUAUUUUUUGCAUCAUGUUUUGUUUUUGUCUUUAUUUAUUUUGAAUCGUACACGUCCUGCUAACAUACAUGUUACAAUAAGGGAUCGUUUAGAAUAUCUUGUUUGUUCAGUUUUUUUAAAUU